GCGAGACGAGUCGGUGCCCCUGAUCUGAUUAUUUCUGCAGCUCCAAUGCGGAGUCCUCGGGACAGGUGGCGGGGAGGCCCUGAGCUGGCUGUUUUGUUUGUUCGUUCACCUCACGCCGUGGUUUGCGCGGAUUUAACCCGCUUUCGGCUUCAGAACGAUUGAAAACUCGAGCUGCGUGGCACCGACAGCUUCUGGAAUAAUUCAGUUAUUUUUAUGGAAAUAGCCAACAGCUCAAAUACAACAUUACAUGAAAUAGCUUUGAGUCAAGUUCAUUAAAAUCUGUUACAUCAUGGGUCGACUUACAGUGGAUCUAAUUGCUAAAAAUAGUAUCCAUGUAAAGAACAGAAGAGAUGAACCAUUGGAACAAUACCUAAAAAAAUUGACUCAUCUAAAUUUUGCAAAUAAGAAUAUUGAUGAAAUUGAUAACCUCUCGAUAUGCAAGAACCUGUCUGUUCUAUAUUUAUAUGACAACAACAUCACACAGAUUCAAAACUUAGAUUUUGCCAUAAAUCUCACCCAUCUCUACCUGCAGAACAAUAACAUAACACAUAUUGCAAAUCUCUCCUCGCUGCAAAACCUCACUAAAUUGUAUCUAGGUGGCAAUUGUAUUUCUGUAGUGGAAGAAUUGGAGGGAUUAACAGAGCUCCGAGAAUUGCAUGUAGAGAAUCAGCGCCUUCCUCUUGGAGAGAAGCUGCUCUUUGAUCCUAGGACUCUGCAAUCUCUAAAAAAAUCCUUGUGUGUUUUGAAUAUCAAGAAGAAUAAUAUUGAUGAGAUCAAAGAAUUGGCUUGUCUUGGGAACCUGACUCAGUUUAUAGCUGAAGACAAUCGUAUUCAAGAUACAAAGGAACUGGAAUAUGUCUUGAGCCAAUGGCAAAAACUCUGGUAUCUGAACCUGAGUGGAAAUCCUGUGUGCCAGAAAGCAAAAUACAGGGAUAAAAUAAUGGUGUUGUCUACAAGCCUAGAGGUCCUUGAUGGAAAAGAGAUAAAUAAUACAGUCAGACAGUUUUUAUUAAACUGGAAAGCUUUCCGAGAAGCCAAGAAGAAAAUUGCCACGGAAAAGCCGGAGGAACAGGCUACCCAACAGACAUUAGAUCAUCCGCAAGUAAUUCGGAACCAGGCACUUAGGAGCUAUACAACUCCCGGUAUUCGUAGAUUCAGGAAACCUGUUGAUCAUCUUAUGAAGAUUCCCAGCUUUUCAUACUCUAGAGAUGAUGGCAAAAGUGUUUUACCACCAGUACUUGAGUCUAAGGGCAUGGGCGAUGGUGUGGACAGAAUCGGGUAAGAUGCUAACAUCUUCUAAAAUGGCCAAAGUAUGCAACAAUUAAUAUUCAUUUGAUAGAAUGCAACCCUUUCCUUAAUUAAUGUCAAUUUCUAAUGUGCUAUACAGUAGGCACCUUUGUCCAGAGUUAAUUAGGAUACUAUUUUCUAAUGGCGGUCUUGUGGCACAGUGGUACCUAGAAGCUCUGAUUCAAGUUUCAUUCACAGCCAUUAGGUUGGAUAUUAACUUGUAAAUCCUUCCAACAUAUGCCAUUGACAAGUGGGCGAGAUUUUGGGUUAGUCAUGUGAUGAAAAGAAAAUUAGAGUCUUUCUGUCAUUACUAUCCGGCUCUGGGACGAGACUAAAACAUGCACGUAUAUGUGCAUGCUGGCACAUCAACUCCAGCUCCUUGGUGAGGGGAUCAGUUAACUCCGUUGGAUGAACAAUCAGUCUGGAUUGGAAAGGUGGGAGAGAGCAAAAGAAAUGGAAGGCUGGAAUACAGAUUGGAGAGAAAGAGACUGAGGGGGUCAGGAGAGAUGAGAAAGCUUGAAGGUGGUGAGGGAUUGGGAGAUUGCAAAAAGGAGAGAAUAGUUUCAAAUUUGUCGGUAAAUGUCACACAGCUAACUAGGAGCUAAGAAAACUUGAAAUCACUGCAGUAAUUAAUUACUUGCAAAAGACUAUGGAAUCUCUAUCUUUAGGCUGCAUAAUUUCCGGAGCUACUUCUACAUGGGAAAAAUUAAAUGGAUGCUAUUGUAAUGAACACUGUGUCAAUUAUUUCAUUUAAAUCGGAGUUUCAGUAAGUGUUGUCACUGCCUCAUUAAAAUAUUCCAGCUUUGUAAAUAUGUGAUAAAACCACAUUAGCUUUCCCCUGAUCCGCCCUGCAGGUGUGCUGAGAGUAAUGACUUUUUGUAUUUAGUAGUGUGUGUCAGUUAUUUUAAAUAUAAGUUUGUUGUUAAUGUAUGCCCAUUACCUUUUACCAAUUUAAAUACUGUGAUGUCUAGUAAAUUAAUGAUUUCUUUGUGUGAUAUGGCUUUAAAUUUAAUGGAUGCUGAAUAAUUAUUGAGGAUAUGCUGUUAAUUUUAUUUCUUUGUGAGUCUAAAUAUCCAUUGUGUCAGCAUAAAAGACAGAAUGUAGUGCUCCUAUGUGAUUGCAUCACUUAAUAAAGGACAUUGCGAGAAUGAAAAGUUAGCUUCUAAAAACUAAAAAACAGCCCUGAAAAUCAAAAGUAGCCAUUGAAGAAAUCUCAAGAGCUUUUGUGCACAGUUGCAAUGGAGGUAAGGGAGAGGGCUUCAAAAUUGAAAUCCUCACUCUAACAUUUUUUAAAUGUAAAUUAGAAAUGGGUUUGGCUGCCAGGCCAUCACUGUUGGGAUGGAGAUGGAGAAACUCGCCCCCACAGAGUAGCCAGUGGUUGCUGCAAUAUCCAGACACACAAGGGCAGUGGUGAGAUCCUAGCCUAUCUGGAGCACUGGCCAUCUGGUCAGCAAUUCGGGCCUGCUAUCAAGCAAUUAAACGGGUCUAUGCUGCCUGUAGAAACUUGGAGUCUGGCAUGAAAAUCUCAGUUGUCUUCCUUUACUUGGCCUUAAGUGACCCAUAAUGAGCUGUGCGAGUGGGUGGACAUGUUGCCCAGCAUACACCUCACCCCAUCUCACCUUCACAAAAAUAUUCCAGAGUCGGAUGGAGGUGGGGAAACUGGCAUGCCACGCAAGCAACUGGGCUGUUUCUAUCUCUGAGCCUGCCUCUAAUCCAAGGCAAGCAGAUUUAAAUCUCAUUAUAACAAUUAUGAGUCACAUUACAUUACAUUAAAUAAUU